AUGGAAGGGGAGAACCACACCACAGUGACUGAGUUUAUCCUUCUGGGGUUGGCCGCCGAUCCAGAGAUGAAGCUUCUCCUCUUUGCUGUCUUCCUGGCAGUGUACGCCACCACUCUGGUAGGCAAUUUUUUGAUUGUAAGCCUAGUGGCUUUUGAGCCGACCCUCCACACUCCCAUGUACUUCCUGUUGGGAAAUCUGUCUCUCCUGGAUUUCUGUUAUUCCACCAUCACUGCUCCCAAGAUGCUGGUCGGCUUCCUGUUGAGGACUAGCACCAUCACGUACGGAGGCUGCGUCUCCCAGAUCUUCUUCUUCCACUUCGUUGGAGGCAUCAAGAUCUUCCUCCUGACCAUCAUGGCCUACGAUCGCUACGUCGCCAUCUUCCACCCGUUGCGCUACGCGGCCAUCAUGAAUGGGACCGCCUGCGGUGGGUUCCUGGGGGCCUCUUGGGUCGGCGGCUUUGUCCACUCCAUCGUUCAAGUGGCCAUUGUUGUCCGGCUGCCCUUUUGCGGCCCCAACGUUCUGGAUAAUUUCUACUGCGAUGUGCCUCAGGUGGUCAAACUGGCAUGUGCCGAUACUUUUGUGGUGGAGCUGCUCAUGGUGUCCAACAAUGGCCUGGUGACCUCGAUGUGCUUUGUGGUGUUGCUGGUGUCGUACUCCAUCCUACUGGCCAAGCUGAGGGCAGGUUCGGCUCCAGGCCGGAGCAAGGCUCUUUCCACGUGUGCUUCUCAUAUCACCGUGGUGACCCUGAUUUUUGGGCCCUGCAUCUACAUCUAUGCCCGUCCUUUCCGGAGCUUCCCGAUGGACAAAGCCGUUGCCGUUCUCUACACUCUCCUCACGCCGGUCCUGAACCCUUUCAUUUACACGCUGAGGAACAAAGAUUUCCAAAGGGCCCUGGGAAAGCUCAGAGGAAGGAAGCAGAAAUUAAGUCCCUGA